GCUAGGAAAACAACGCCAGUCUUCUUCAGUUAAGGCAGAGUGUGCUACGUUGGUUAGCUGGUGAACUAUCUGAUAGAUUUGGUUGCGGAUUAGCUAAACAGAUUACAGUUACAGUUGUAGCUGUGCUUCAGUCAAGAAAUUACUGCCGACAUAUAUUUAUUUAGUUAGCACGCUAAAUUACUUACAAGAAGCUGUUAUUUUCACGUGUUUCAUGAAUUAACUAAUGGAAAAGUUUGAGAUUUCUGUAAUGGGUACAGAUAAUUUUGUUUUGUAUUCAGUCUUGGUCAAUAUUGCUCGUCAAUUACGGAGAGUUACGGAGCAAUUGUGCGCACAUUUCCAAUUUGACAAUUUUUUCUCCUAGUAAUUACUUAAUUUUGUUAGACGCUUCGGGAUUCGACAUAUCUCCGUUGAGGGGACUUUACGGGCAUUUAUUCCGAUUGCGUGCUUUGAUUUAGCACGUUUUUCGCGUCGCCUAUGUUCUUCACUUGAAUCGCGUCACUCUUCCUCACGGUGUGAUCCGCCUGAUCAUGCAGUUCCUGAAGGAGAACAACUUACAUCGGACCCUGGCCACUUUGCAGGAGGAAACCACGGUGUCGCUCAACACGGUGGACAGCAUCGAGAGUUUUGUCGCCGACAUCAACAACGGCCACUGGGACACCGUCCUGCAGGCUAUUCAGUCCCUAACGCUGCCGGACAAAACACUCAUCGACCUGUAUGAGCAGGUGGUUCUGGAGCUGAUCGAGCUGAGGGAGCUGGGGGCAGCCCGCUCCCUCCUGAGGCAGUCAGACCCCAUGAUCGCGCUGAAGCUGACCCAGCCUGGCCGCCACGCCCACCUGGAGGGCCUGCUGGGCCGGCCCCACUUCGACCCACGUGAGGCCUAUGUGGACAGUGGCAGUAAGGAGAAGCGCAGGAUGGUCAUUGCCCAGGCCCUGGCAGGGGAGGUCAGUGUGGUCCCCCCUUCGAGUCUCAUGGCUCUGCUGGGGCAGUCCCUGCAGUGGCAGCAGCAGCAUGGUGUUCCCGCUCCAGGGAUAAGUCUGGACCUGCUCCGGGGCGGAGCCGCCGCCAGGGACGUGGAGGAGGAGUGCUGUCCGACCCAACUCUACCUCCACAUCGAGUUUGGACAGAAGUCCCAGGUGGCGUGUGCUCGAUUCUCCCCCGACGGCCGGUACCUGGUCACCGGCACCAUGGACGGAUUCAUCGAGGUGUGGGACUUCAGGACCGGAAAACUCCGCAAGGUACCAAUCACAGGGCAGGACCAGGACACUGGAUCCGUGCAGGAUCUGCAGUGCCAGUCCCAGGGUGGCUCCAUGCUGAUGGAGGAAGCGGUGCUCUGUCUGGGCUUCAGCUGUGACUCAGAGAUGCUGGCCACCGGAUCACAGGCAGGACACAUACAGGUGUGGAAGCUGCAGAGUGGGCGGGGCCUGCGGCGGUUUGAGCAUGCUCACAGUAGAGGGGUCACCUGCCUCUGCUUCUGCAGAGACCACAACCAGCUGCUCAGCGCCUCCAUCGACCACACCAUCAGGAUCCACGGGCUCAAGUCCGGGAAGACGCUGCAGGAGUUCCGGGGCCACUCCUCCGCGGUGCGUGAGGCCACGUUCGCCCAGGACGGGCGCUACAUCAUCAGCGCCUCCUUCGACGGAACGGUCAAGAUCUGGAACGUGAAGACGGCGGAGUGCAGCGCCACGCUGCCGGUGUCGGCCGGAGGGGACGUGGCGGUGAACAGCGUGGCGCUCCUGCCCCAGAGCCCCGAGCGCUUCCUGGUGUGCAGCCGCUCCAACACCGCGGUCGUCAUGAACGCGCGCGGCCAGGUCGUGUGCCGUUUCAGCUCGGACAAGAGAGAGGGCGGGGCCUUUGUGUGCUGUGUGCUGUCCCCGCGGGGGGCGUGGCUGUACUGCGUGGGGGAGGACUCUGUGCUGUACUGCUUCAGCACCUCCACCUGCAAACUGGAGAGGACCCUGAGGGUGCACGAGAGAGACGUGAUUGGCAUCGCCCAUCACCCGCACCAGAACCUCAUCACCACCUACAGUGCGGACGGUCUGCUCAAACUCUGGAGGCCCUAGACCCCGCCCCUUUCCCUCGCCCGCUCCCCAUUGGCUGCCCCGGCCGAUUGCUCGCUGGCGCGGAAAACCGUUGCACAGCCGCAGAGGGGGGAAAGUCCAGGGGUCAGUGCGUGUGUGUGUGUGUGCAUGUGUGGGCGUGUGUGUGUGUGUUUCUGCAAAUGUGUGCAUGUACAUUCUGUGCCUCGGGAAUCAAAAUGUGGUCCUGGCUUCCAGUUGUAAAAAAGAAGCAUGACAUUUAUUUAAUAAUGCAUAAUAAAACACAGGUCUAUGGCAUAUUUAGCCUGAGUGUCUUAACUGAAUUUGUUUUUUUUUUUUUUCAAAUGUAUAUAUAUUAAUUUAAUUAUUUAUUUGACUGUGUUUUAAGUUAUUUGUCCGUUUAGUUUUGAAUCUGAAUUAUUCUUUUAUUUUGUACCACUUUUCCCUUUCUAAGUUGAGUUGUUUUUGUGUGUACACAGUGUGUCUGCAGGGUUAGCAUGUGUGUCACUGUUUCAGUAUUAUACUCUCUGACCACUUUAUUAGGCAUACAGUAGAUGUACUUUUUGACGUAUUGGUCUUCACCUGCAGCCUGUCCACUCAAAGUUAUGAUGUGUUGUGUGUUCAGAGAUGCUCUUCUGCACACCACUGUUGUAAUGUGUGGUUAUUUGCGUUACUGUCACCUUCCUGUCAGCUUUGACCAGUCUGGCCCUUCUCCUCUGACCUCUCUCAUUAACAAAGCGUUUUACGCCCACAGAA